CAAGAAGAUAACAAAACCGCCUGAAGAGUAUUAGCAGGCAAAUCAUAGUGCACGACCUGUCCGAAAGAAACUCAUGACUCCUACGGGAGCUGUAGCAGGGUGGGUUUUUGGUUAACUUCCUGGUAUUACGCGGCUGUGCUGUCCUUUGAUGACAGAAAAAUAAAGGAGAAAUUACCACACCACUCCCAUAGAGUUUAACCCCCGACAACUACGACACACUGGCAGUUUGUUUCAUACUAGCAUAUCAGUUCACGAAGCAUAGUGUAACUGAUACCUGCAGUCCAGGAGAAGCCUCCGCGCUGAGGCAGAGCCCACGGUUGGAGAACUGGGAGUGGUGGUGGGAGGGUCAGGAGAAACCCGGCACACAGUACGUUACCUACUGACUAACAGUGACCAGUCAGUAAGUGGACUGUCUGACACGGCGGUGAGACAACUCCAAAACCUCGGGCGGUGGAAGUGAGUGAAAGAAAAGCGGCAUAGCGCAUUUGACCUCGGCUGUUGUAAGGUGGUGGCUAGUGACGGGGUGCGGGCUAUGAUGGAGUCGGCCCUGACAGCCAGAGACCGGGUGGGCGUGCAGGACUUUGUCCUGCUGGAGAACUACACCAGUGAGGCAGCCUUCAUAGAGAACCUACGCAAACGCUUCAAAGAGAACCUUAUCUAUACAUACAUUGGUUCAGUGCUGGUGUCGGUUAACCCCUACAAAGACCUGGAGAUCUAUACCAAGAACCACAUGGAGCGAUACCGUGGGGUCAACUUCUACGAGGUCUCACCACACAUCUAUGCAGUGGCAGACAACUCAUACCGCUCCAUGAGGACGGAGGGGAAGGACCAGUGCAUUCUGAUCUCAGGGGAGAGCGGUGCCGGGAAGACUGAGGCGUCCAAGAAGAUCCUGCAGUACUAUGCUGUCACCUGUCCAGCCAGCGAGCAGGUGCAGACGGUGAAGGACCGCCUGCUGCAGUCCAAUCCUGUGCUCGAGGCUUUCGGCAAUGCCAAGACGUUGCGUAAUGACAACUCGAGCCGCUUUGGCAAGUACAUGGACAUUCAGUUUGACUUCAAGGGAGCCCCAGUGGGAGGUCACAUCAUCAACUAUCUGCUGGAGAAGUCGCGUGUGGUCCACCAGAACCACGGGGAGAGAAACUUCCACAUUUUCUACCAGUUGAUCGAAGGGGGAGAGGAAGACCUUCUCAGACACCUGGGCCUGGAGAGGAACCCGCAGCAGUACCAGUACCUGAUCAAAGGAAACUGUCCCAAAGUGAGCUCCAUCAACGAUCGCAGUGACUGGAAGGUAGUGAGGAAAGCCUUGACUGUGAUUGGCUUCAGUGAGAACGAGGUGGAGGAGCUGCUGAACAUAAUCGCCAGCGUUCUCCAUCUCGGCAAUGUGCAGUACGGCGGAGAAGACAGCAAUGCCUGCAUCACCUCUGACAUACAGAUAAAGUACCUGGCCAGGUUGUUAGGAGUGAAUGUGUCGGUGCUGACGGAGGCGCUCACACACAAGAAGAUCAUUGCAAAGGGAGAGGAGCUGAUGAGCCCGCUGAACCUCGAGCAGGCAUCGUCAGCCCGGGACGCUUUAGCCAAAGCCGUGUAUGGACGCACCUUCACCUGGCUAGUUAACAAGAUCAACGCGUCGCUGACAUACACGAGCGACUCUUCCAAGAAUUACAGUGUCAUUGGUCUGCUGGAUAUCUAUGGCUUUGAGGUCUUCCAGCACAACAGCUUUGAGCAGUUCUGCAUCAACUAUUGUAACGAGAAGCUGCAGCAGCUCUUCAUCGAGCUCACCCUGAAGUCGGAGCAGGACGAGUACGAGGCCGAAGGCAUCACGUGGGAGCCAGUGCAGUACUUCAACAACAAGAUAAUCUGUGACCUGGUGGAGGAGAAGUUUAAAGGCAUCAUCUCCAUUCUGGAUGAGGAGUGUCUGAGGCCCGGAGAUGCCAGUGACUUGACCUUCCUAGAGAAGCUGGAGGACACCGUGGGCGGACACGCACACUUUGUCACUCACAAACUGGCAGAUGCAAAGACCCGGAAGGUAAUGGGCCGUGAUGAAUUCAGACUGCUGCAUUACGCUGGGGAGGUUAACUACAAUGUCAACGGAUUUUUGGACAAGAACAACGACCUGCUCUUCAGGAACCUAAAAGAGGUCAUGUGUAUGUCAGAGAACAAGAUCCUGACGCAGUGCUUUAACAGGGAAGAGCUGAGUGACAAGAAGCGUCCUGAUACGGCAGCCACCCAGUUCAAAGCCAGUCUGGCGAAACUCAUGGAGAUCCUGAUGUCCAAGGAGCCGUCGUACGUGCGCUGUAUCAAGCCCAAUGACUCCAAGCAGUCAGGUCGAUUUGAUGAAGUAUUGAUCCGUCACCAGGUCAAGUAUCUGGGACUGAUGGAGAAUCUGCGGGUGAGGAGGGCAGGCUUUGCCUACAGACGCCGCUACGAGGUGUUCCUGCAGAGAUACAAGUCCCUGUGUCCAGGCACGUGGCCUAACUGGGACGGGAAGCUGUCAGAUGGAGUUUCCACAUUGGUCAAACACUUGGGAUACAAGCCUGAGGAGUACAAAAUGGGCAGAUCCAAAAUCUUCAUUCGCUUCCCAAAGACCUUGUUUGCCACAGAGGAUGCACUGGAGACCAGGAAACACAGUCUCGCCACCAAGCUGCAGGCGGGGUGGAAAGGCUACAGCCAGAAGUGCAAAUACCAGAAGCUCAGAAACUCAGCUAUUGCAGUCCAGGCAUGGUGGAGGGGGAUCCUGGCCAGAAGAAGGGCCCAGCGCAGACGACAGGCAGCAAAUACAAUCCGCAGGUUCAUCAAAGGCUUCAUCUACCGUCACAAGGAGCGCUGUCCAGAGAACGAGUAUUUCCUGGAUUAUGUGCGCUACUCUUUCCUCAUGAACCUCUGCAAGAACCUGCCCAAAAAUGUCCUGGACAAGAGCUGGCCCACUCCUCCAGCUGCUCUCACUGAGGCGUCUGAGCAUUUGCGUAAGAUGUGCAUGCAGAACAUGGUGUGGAGUUACUGCAAGAAGAUCAGUCCUGAGUGGAAACAUCAGAUGGAGCAGAAGAUGAUUGCCAGCGAGAUCUUCAAAGACAAGAAGGACAACUACCCACAGAGCGUGCCCAAGCUGUUUGUCAGCACCAGACUCGAUGGCGAGAACAUUAACCCCAAAGUUGUGCAGGCUCUGGGCAGUGAGAAGAUGAAGUAUGCAGUGCCGGUCACCAAGUACGACAGGAGGGGCUACAAGCCCCGCCCCCGGCAGCUGCUGCUCACUGCCAACAGUGCCGUUAUUGCAGAGGAGGGCAAGCUCAAGCAGCGCAUUGACUACGGCGCUCUGAAAGGCAUCUCCGUCAGCUCUCUUAGCGAUGGCGUGUUUGUUCUGCACGUGCCCAGUGAGGACAACAAGCAAAAGGGAGAUGUGGUUCUGCAGAGCGACCAUGUGAUCGAGACCCUGACCAAGAUCGCCAUCUGCGCUGACAAAAUCAACACCAUCAACAUCAACCAGGGCAGUAUAAAGUUUACAAUGGGUCAGGGAAAGGAGGGGAUAAUAGAUUUCACACCUGGAUCAGAACUGCUGGUGGCCAAAGCUAAGAAUGGACACUUGUCUGUGACGGCUCCCAGGCUGAACUCCAGAUGAUGGCCACUCUGACCACACACACCAGGACCCAUGUCCUCCUGACCUCUGCCAUCCACCAAUCACAUGACUGCAGACUCCACUCUGCUUAAGCCAAUCAGAUGCAAACUGUCACUAGAUGGGUGGCAUGUGUUUCCGAUUUAAACAAAAAACAAUAAAAAUCCAGCUAAACUAAUUGAUAUAUUUAUGUUUAUAGAUAAUAUUUUUGGGAUUAAUACUGUUUAAUGCUGUUUAAAUAUUCUGAUUUUAUAUAUGAGGCCAAGGGAUAACAAAUAUAUUUGGUGCAAUUUUCUUGCACCAGCUGUUUAUUGUGCUUUAUAUGGGAACAUGACCAAGAAAACAAUAAGGAAAGUGUUAGAAUAGAAGACAGUGAGAUGAAGGGGGCUGUUGUGGAUCAAAGUCAGGGUCAGCUGUUGCCUCUUUUUUUUUCCCUGUUUACUUUUUUAUUUUUAUUUUGCUCCUUUGUCUGCCUGACACUGCUUCGUUAACUGGGCGAGUUAUUAAAGCUGUAUCUUGUUGCGGAGUGUUAAGAACAAGGUUUGACAGCAUGUAGGACAGAUGCUGGGAGGUUUGACGAGGAGGAACAGAAACUUUUCGAACAUUCAGUAAAGAUUUGAGGCCAAAAAAAACUUUUUAGUGUCAGAUGUGGCUGAAAAUACCUUAAAGAGUUCAAUUUACUACUGAAUACUCUUCAGAAUCUUUAUUUGUACAGUGUUUGAGUAAGAAGAGAGGUAAUUGUGAGAGAAUCGCAGCAGCAUGUUCCUUAAAUGCUGCAAGAAAAGAACAAAGUAAGUGAGACGGGUUUGUGGAAAAGGCAAGAGAAAGACGGGGAGAGAGAAGUGAGGGUGCAGCAGUGGUUUGCCUUGAUGCUAGGUGCUUGUGCCUUUCUCUCUGACUUUAUUUACAACAGUUUUGCAGCUCUUCACCGCCGUGUGAGAACCAUGACGCUCCAAUGAGUCGAGUUAAGUGCAGAUGGGAACCUGCCAUCCUCUCAGUGAACGUUGGAUUAACACCAGCAGCAGCAGCAUGUACAGCACACACCAAUUGUUCACCACCACAGAGUCCCUCCAUCACUAUGUCUGCCCUCCGCUCCACCCUCCACACUGCCUGUUACACUCAACUAACCAGGUGUUGCUACACCUAAAUAGGCUUUCACCAGUCUGACAGCUAACAGCAUUUUGGCUUUUAAAAAUAAUAAUAAUAACUUUAGCCCUGUGAGACUAAAUUUUAAAGCUGUAUUUGGUUCAGCAAUGAUUGUACUAUAUUGGGCUAUGUUAAAACGCCAAAAGAUGCUAUUAAUUGAUGAGAAGAUUGAAUUGACAAGAGUCUCAUGUCUUAAUUGUAAAUAUGUAGCUACAUCCAGCUUGAUUUAGGAGAGAAUAAUGGCACGGUUUGUGGGAAAGACUUUGGUUUGAUUUAUGGGAAAUUUCCAGGAAAUCUUGUUUGUUAAAAGCCCUCCUACACAUUUGGUUUUGUAAUUGUUAAUGAAGACAGAAUGUAACUCUGAGCUUUAUAUCUCCAAUAUAGCCUAUUGGAAGGCUAACUCUUUUCUUUGCAAUUAUAAUCAAGCUAACAGUUUCCUCGCUGUAGCCUCAUGAUGUUCAUUCACUCAUAUGUGACAACAAAAGUAGACUUCUCAGAGCAGGACACCAUCUGAAAGGCCAAGAAAAUGCCAUCUGACGCCAACUGUCACAGCAGAAGUUGUUCAGGUGUAACACAUCCUGUAGUCCAGUUCAGACAUUUCUGUUUAGCCCUGUCUUACCUCUGAUUCUCCCUGAAGCCUGCAGCUGAGACCAAAGAUGGGGGAAAGGUUUUGCUCUGGAAAACUUAUGAGAGCAGCUCCAAAAUGUUUCCACUUGAUGUCAGAACUUUGUCUCUGAGUGCUGCUGCUGCUGUGUGCAUUAGCCAAAGGCCCUGUUGAUUUCUAGUGAUUAUGUGUUGUAUGAUUAAUAUGACGUUAUGGUGUCGUACUAAAUGUUGUUGGAGAUGUAAAUGUCCAUUUUUGUUGUGUUUUAAAUGAGCGACUCAAGCCAAACGAGGUUUGAUGAUGUGAAACGUUUUGGGGAGAAGAAGCUUUUUGGUGUUUGUUAACUCAAACUUGUCCAUGUGCCUUUGUUAGUAUAGCAAUAUAAGACGUGUCUGGGAAGAGGAAGACCUCUGUUAGCCUGCCUGGAGAUGUUUCCUCUCUGUGUAUAAGCUUUAUUCAAACCAAGUCUGUCUGUUGAUUCACAGAUACACUCUUGUUAUCACUCCUGAGUUACUGUAUCCACCAAACCAAUGUAGAAUUCUGCCAACACACUAAACCAUGACAUAGAAUUUGAAGAAUGAAUAAAUUUGAAAAUUAAAAACAAA